CCCAGACGCAGUCAGAUGCUUUGCGGAGACCAGGCGAGCGACAUCUGCGGCAUUUAUCAGAGCUCAGGAGCUGGCAUGGCGUUCGACGCAGAGAGGAAACUGAGGCCCGCAGAGGCCUGUCUUGUGCGGGGCCCCCAGGGAGCAGGGGACGGAGGUGGGACUUCCCCCCAGCUUUCCAGCCCAUCUUCUUGGUCCGGGCUGUUUGGUCUCCCCUCAUCUUUGCCGAAGCGGGAUGCCCCCCUGUCGGAUAGCUGCUCGCGUUGGGCCCCCCGUGAAGACAAGGGAGAUGCCCAGGCCCCCGAGACUGUCCUCCCCCCUCUGCCGCCCCCAGAGAAGCCCCUGGAGCCCGCCCCGCCCCUGGUGCCCCCCUUGCCGGCGGGCAGCGCCCCUCCUUUCCCUCCCUACUUUGAAGGCGCUCCCUUCCCCCACCCACUGUGGCUCAGACACACGUACAACCAGUGGGUCCCCCAGCCGCCCCCACGCACCAUCAAGCGUACCAAGAGACGGCUGUCCCGCAACCGGGACCCCGGCCGCCUGAUCAUGAGCACCAUCCGGCUGCGGCCGCGGCGGGUGCUGUGUGAGAAGUGCAAGAACACCCUGAACCCCGAGGAGAGCUCACCUAGCCAGCCCAGUGCCAAGCCGCGGCGGCGGCUGAGCGCCCCGGACAAGGAGCCCAAGAGAGCCGAGGAGCUGGACUGCGAGAUGAGGCGGAGCAAGCGGGAGAAGAGCGCGGGGGAGCUGGUGCCGCGCAGCCCCGUCAUCAAGAUCUCCUAUAGCACACCCCAGGGCAAGGGGGAGGUCGUGAAGAUCCCCUCCCGCGUGCACGGCUCCCUCAAACCCUUCUGUCCCCAGCAGGGCCUGCAGAACGGCGGCCAGGACCAGGAGGCGCGGGACCCGGGCUCCGGGGACCGGCUCGCUGGCGGGCAGCCGGCUUCCAUCCCCAAGCUGAAGCUGACCCGGCCCGUGCCUUCGGGGGAGGCGCCCCCUCCCAAGAUCCGCCUGAAGCCCCACCGCCUCCCCCGGAGUGGCAGCGGCGGUGGCAGCGGCUCCGGCGGGGGCCAGAGCGUCUCCAUCUACAAGGCGGAGCUGAUCGACGAGCUGGGCGACCUUCAGGGCGGCCGUGAGUCCCACGCCUCAUCUGCUUUCUACGCGGACCGCUCCUCCCGGCGGCAGCGGCGGCUCGCGGAGCUGUCCUCUGGAAGCUCGGGGGAAGAGGACGACUUUGGCGGGUUUCCCCCGGCCAAGGAUGGCCGCGACAACCUGGCUUUUCUCAUGAAUUACAAGAGGAAGGCCGACUCGUCCAGUUUGUCCGUGUGCAGCAACGACAGCCUGGACGGGUCGAGCUCGGACACCGCGUCCCCCGACGGCUGCGACUUCCUGCCCGGGGACGACGCCUCCGUGUCGUCUUCGUCCCGCGAAGAGCGCAAGACGGUGCCCCCGCUGACGGUGCGACUGCACACGCAGAGCGUGGCCCGGUGUGUGACCGAGGACGGCCGGACGGUGUCCGUGGGCGACAUCGUGUGGGGCAAGAUCCCCGGCUGCCCGUGGUGGCCGGCCCGCGUGCUGGACCUCAGCCUGAGUCAGAAGGACGACGGCGCGCCCUCCUGGAGGGAGGCCCGCGUCUCCUGGUUCGGCUCGCCCACCACGUCGUCCCUGUCCAUCUCGAAACUCUCCCCUUUCUCCGAGUUUUUCAAACUGAGAUUUAACCGUAAGAAGAAAGGCGUGUAUCGCAAAGCUAUUACGGAGGCCGCCAAGGCGGCCGAACACCUGAGCCCCGAAAUCCGGGAGCUCCUAAGCCAGUUCGAAACGUAACUUCAGCUCGAGGA